GUUUCAUAAUAGCCGUUGAAAUUGUGUAAAAUUUAUUCUCAUAAUGUCCUUUGUGUGUUGUGAAAGUUUUAGUAUUCAUUUGUGCUAGUUAUAAAUUUAUUGAUUAUAAUAUCAUAUAUAUACAUUUAUGCAAUUUUCAGUAUAUAUUGGACCUUAUAAGAACCAGUAAUUAUGAAAAAUGAUUCCAUAUACUAAGGAAGCAAAUGCGGAAGCCGAGAAUGAGACGGAUAUACAGGAAGCUGACAUUAAUGAUCUUUAUAAUGAGGAAUUAAAAUCACACUUAAAAUGGUAUGACCACGUUCUUCUUAAUAGACCUCUGAAAGUGAUACUUGUGACGUUGUUGCUGGCAAUCGCAGCACCAGCGCUGAUGUAUCAGUUCCUAUUCUUCACGAGCAUAGAGCACGCUCCAAACGACGGCUUCUCACUAGGCUCCUGCGUCGUGCCCAGGGUUUCUCGACUACCAUGCGGAUUGGGUAAUGUGACCCAGGAAGAAUGCCACCCACUCUGCUGCUACGAUUUAAAUAGCCAUGCAUGCUUCCAUCGAUAUCCUUCAAGAUUCUCCUACAUCAUCGACCGCUAUAUAUGGAAAGAAUGGUCAGAAGAAGUUAUCAUGUACCCUAGAGUACUAAACGUACCGUUCUCCUAUCAAAAUAGCACUCCUAGGCUCAGAUUAUCAAUCGAUGAAGUAUCGUCAUCACACAUGUCUUUAUAUUUUUAUAAUGCAGAAACAAUGUCCUACGAGGGUAAUAAAAUCGAGCAUAAGAACUACACUCACCAUGUGGAUACGCCUGAAAUGACUGUCACAGUGGAGGGUUCUCAAGGCCUGAUAUUCAGUACCAUAAGAGGCCCCUUUAUAGCUUCACGUGAUAUAUGGGAAAUAGCUUUCAAGUUAACCAACGAAACGAUGUACGGAAUCGGAGAAUUGCCUUUGACAGCGGGCACAGUAAAAGUCCUUUAUCGGCACAGAGGUGACUUCAGUACUAUUCCUUUAAUAUUUGCUAAAAUGAACGACUCGUAUCACGGGCUUUUGAUCGAUUCCGAUGCACCGACGGAAGUGUUCGUGCAUGAAGAAAAUCAGGUUGUGCUACGUAGCAUCACUAAUGAGGGAUUGAAAUUGCAUGUGUUUGUCGGACCAAAACCUAGUGACGUAAUGAGGGAUGCCAUGACAGUUAUUGGAGUUAAUAAGCAAUUAGAUUACUGGAUGUUGGGAGCACAUAUUUGCAGUGACUCUGCAACGGCUCCAGACGAGGCUUUAUCAGAUUUGAGAGCGUUUAUGAGCUCAGCCGCAAGCGCCAGCCUUCCGUUCGAUAGUCACUGCGGCUCGGCGCCCAUAGUGUUUGAUUCUGACUGCGAGGGCAACCAGCUGGUUGAAGAGGCAGCCGCCGUCGUAAAGACGGCUGGAAAACGAUUUGUGCCGCAAGUUUCUCCUUACAUUCGAUAUCAUGAAUUAAACGAAACGUCAGAAAAAAAUGAAACAUCAAAUGAAACUGAAAUGUUAACAACCAAUGAAUCAUGUAAAGAUAUAAUAUCAGAGUACAAGCAAUACAUACUCCACGACAACAGUACAGAAGGAAAUUAUACUUCGGAUGUCUACGUGGGUUUAAUUGGGGAGGAGACCUUUGUUUAUCCGAUAUUCGAAAACGCCUCUAAUGAAUUCAUGAAGGAAUUGUGGCCGUAUGAGGUCGAGGUAGAUGGUGUUAUCCUAGAAAAUAAUUGGCCGUUAGACGAGUCUGUCAAAAGCAAUGAAACUUCGCUACAUUUGCCGUACUUCAGUAAGAACUUGGAGCAAGUAUUUGAAAUCACUCCAAAAUGGAAUGCAGAAUAUUACAACGACACCACCAAGUACUUCUACAAACAUAACAAAUAUGGAAGCCAUGUUGUAUCCGCUUUCAAAAAUCUUUUCGAGACUGAGGUCCCGAUGUGGUCGACUAGCAGUUGGAUGGACGGGAAUGUAAAUAUAAACCGGCAGAAUAUACACGCGUCAUGGACAAACCUUAGGAAGGAACUGGUGGAAGCGGCUUUAGGAGGGGUUUCCGGUCAUUGGUUAUGGUCUGUGCCCGUUUGCGGCGACUCGAACACUUUCGACCCUGAGACACAGACUAGUUUAUGCGUCAAGUGGUACAUGGCUGCAACAUACAUGCCUCUUAUAAAAAUCCACUCGUCAUCUAUACCUACUCAUCCGCUAGCGUUCACUGGCACUAAUAGGAACCUAAUGCUUCGAGCUUUAAAGAAACGCUUAUCUUUGCUCCCGUAUUUCUACACGACGCUGCAAUCGGGACCGCUUUUGAGGCCAAUGUUCUACCAGUUUCCAUCUUCUGAGCACUUAAAAGACUUGAAUACUCAGUUCAGUGUUGGCGACGACUUGGUGAUCGUACCGAAUCUGUUGCCGAGCCAAACACAUGUGCAUUUCUGGAUACCGCCGGGUGUGUGGUAUGAACUGUGGGGCGGUUUACGGAUAGAAGGAGAAGAGGGAGAUGUUGUUUCAAUGACCACUAUAGAGGCAGAUUUCUUAACUUUUAUUCGUGGCGGUGCAGUCCUCAUAUUGCAAAAGGAUGUCACGACCUCGGCGGAAGACACCCGUAUGAGCGCAGAUUUCUCUCUAACCAUCGCCCUCGACUGUGAAACCAAUCACACGCUAUCACAAAGCUCUAGUGUGGAUUCAAAUUGCCUAGCUGCCGGCACCUUGUACAUCUCAAGGAAAUUGUCUCUCGUAUUUGAAGCCGACGAACAGCAACUGAAUAUUAAAGCUAUUGGUCACUUUGAAGAAAUGUGCGGAGAUAACGCCAAAGUGGCACAUUUGAUUAAGGAUAUUAGCAUCUACGGUCUUGAUGAUGAAUAUAAUAAUUAUGAUCACCACAGGCAAGUCAUGGUCAGUAUAGAUUUGUGUGAUCUUCAAAAUGCCACUGAAAUUAUGUAUCCUUUUAUAUUUGAAAAUAAUGUCAGUAAAUAAAGAUCGAAUCGAUCGAAAUUAUAA